GUUUUACCAGGUUUCACCCUUCGUCAUUUCCAAUUUUAAGUUUCGCCUUUCAUCAGAAGGAUUUGAGAUUUCCUCAGGGUUUCGUCUUUCGUUCUUACACAGAGGGGAAUUCGCCGCCUAACGACUAUACUUUAAAUGUUGGCAAAGCAAUACGUACGAUACGAUCGGAUCUUUCAACAUUUUUUGAACGUGGUCUUACUGAUACAUCAAUAUAUUCUCAAAAUAUUCUUUUAUCUGAUCCUUAUCAUACGGGUCUAUAUGUACGCGGAAAGCACGUAUAUUUUGGAAUUGCUAAUUUAUUGAGGUGGAGUUUAAUUUGGUAUUUUGACGAUUUAACGCUAGAAAUAGUAAAGAUUCAUGUAGCAGAUAACAGUAAGGAUGAUAAAAACGAUCCUGGAAGUGACAUUUUAUUCAAAGACAUUACUUGUGACACUCAUCCAAUACCAUUAUUAUCCUUUUCCACUUCUGAUAUACAACCUAAUGAUAGAAAUAUUCAACUUUAUAUUCGUUGGGAACUUGAAGGAACUCCUCGAUCUUCUUACAUUACUUCUUUGUUAUCUUCACGUAGCACACAAAUUCCACGUUCAUCUUUCUCUGGUAUUUUUGUUUAUAAAUUUGGUUCUAAAAGUGGUUUGGUAACAGAACAUCAUGUAAAACAUAUAGUACCUGCUCCAAGUCGUAGAGCUGUAUUAUAUCAAGGGUUUGGUGGGCUUGGUGGAUUGAUGUGGCGACUUCGUAGUGGUUUAAGGCAGAAAAAUGAAUGGGGUGUAGGUUUGGGAAUAGUUGGUGCUAAAAAUCAGAUAAAUGUAAAGUCUUCCAAAGAUAAAAAUGAAAAUCAUAAUAUCACUGAUAUAUAA